AUGAAGAACUAUGGCGGCGUCUUGGUGCUACGUAGGCUACGUGCUAGUGUUAGUGCUGUUGCCGUCUCACACGCCCACCGCGAGAGGGACAGAGACCCCCGGGAGCUUGGAUAUUGCCAGCCCAUCUCCAUCCCGCUGUGCACCGACAUCCAGUACAACUUCACAAUCAUGCUCACCCUCCUGGGCCACACCACCCAAGAACAAGAAGACGCGGCUGCGGAGUGGUGUCACUUCGAGCUGUUGGAGGCCCGGUGCUCGGCGGACCUCAAGCUCUUCCUGUGCAGUGUGUCCGCUCCCUUGUGCACGGGUCUGGAGGAAGCCAUCCCCCCGUGCCGGUCCCUGUGCGAGGGUGCACGCCGAGGAUGCGAAGCCAAUUUAACCGCGGUCGGCUUCCGGUGGCCGGAGAGGAUCCGCUGCGAAACGUUCCCGGUGGGCGGAUUGUGCCUGCAGGGCACAGGCUUCGCAGUCUAG